CCGAGGCGCGGGGAAACCGUCGUUUUCCGGGGGAGGAAAGGCCGCGGCGGCGGUGGGAGGGCUUCGCUCGCGCUCGGCUCCCCGGGGGCCGCCGGGCUUCGGCGCUGACGCACCGCGGGACGUGGAAAAAACAAAACCCCGCACUCCGCGCCCCGGGGAGCGGGACCGGCGCCGGCCCAGCAGAACUGUGAGGCAGACUUUGGUAUGAUACCAUGGAAGGGCAGCAUAACCAUCCACAUCAUCUAGGGGACCAGAACAACCCUCUUUGCAAGCUGCCCGGGCAGGAAUAUCAGCAUGAUCCUCAGAGACAUCUAACGUCGUACCCGUAUCGCUGCACGUUGGCAGAUUUUCAGAUAGAGAAAAAGAUUGGACGAGGACAAUUCAGCGAAGUUUACAAAGCAACUUGUCUUCUGGACAGAAAACCUGUGGCAUUAAAGAAAGUUCAGAUUUUUGAAAUGAUGGAUGCCAAGGCUAGGCAAGAUUGCAUCAAAGAAAUUGACCUCUUGAAGCAAUUGAACCACCCCAAUAUAAUUAAGUAUUUGGAUUCUUUUAUUGAAGACAAUGAACUUAACAUUGUCCUGGAACUGGCUGACGCUGGUGAUCUGUCUCAGAUGAUUAAGUAUUUUAAAAAGCAGAAACGGUUAAUCCCGGAAAGGACGGUGUGGAAAUAUUUUGUGCAGUUAUGCAGUGCAGUUGAACACAUGCACUCCCGCAGGGUGAUGCACAGAGACAUAAAACCAGCCAAUGUGUUUAUAACAGCCACAGGGGUGGUGAAGCUGGGAGAUCUUGGAUUAGGCCGGUUUUUUAGUUCUAAAACCACUGCAGCACAUUCCUUAGUGGGAACUCCAUACUAUAUGUCCCCAGAAAGAAUACAUGAAAACGGCUAUAACUUUAAAUCUGAUAUCUGGUCUUUGGGCUGUUUAUUGUAUGAGAUGGCAGCUCUUCAGAGUCCUUUCUAUGGAGAUAAAAUGAAUCUGUUUUCUCUUUGCCAAAAAAUAGAGCAAUGUGACUACCCACCUCUUCCAGCUGAACAUUAUUCUGAAAAGCUGCGGGAGCUGGUCAGCAUGUGCAUAUACCCAGAUCCAGAUCAAAGGCCUGACAUCGGUUACGUGCACCAAAUAGCAAAACAAAUGCAUGUUUGGACCUCCAGCACAUGAACCAUCUGCAAACACUCUCAAGAAGCCAGCACAGCGUAGUCUUACUUGAAUUUUUUUUUCUCAGAUGAAACCGACUGGUGCCUAGUCACCCAGUGAGAGGGCUGAGCACUCGUAGCAAGAUGCUCCAUUAUUUCUGCAGGUUAUUUGACAAGGACUCUUACACGAUGGUCAUGCUUUAAAGUGACGAUUCUGUGAGGUAUUGCAAGUGAUUUUUUUUUUUUUUAAGGCCAAUAACAUGUUACAGAUGUAGAUCAUUUAAGGGUCCUUUCUUAAAACUGUCGUGUGUAAUCUAGGAUAGAUGAUAUUAAGGAGGGUGGCCGAGCGGUUGGCACACCCCUUCUAUCUUAACCGUAAUGUGAAAUAUUGAAAUAAUUCCUUCAGUGAAAUCACUUUAUACUAAUGUAAGAAUUACAGUAGAUUUUGUGUAAUUUGUAUAACUGCUACUUUGCCUCUUCUGCAAAUGGUUAAUAGCCAAUUCAGUUUUUACUUUGUGUAUUUUAAAGCAGCCAUUUAUGUGUUUUUAUUAAUGCCCUCCUCUUCAGAUGCAGGAACUGGGAAGGGCUGGGGUGGGAAACACUUUUGUUUCAAGUUUUCUUUUUUUUCUAAUUGAAAAUUUAGAGUGAGUAUUUUGCUGAUGCAUUUAUCUGUUAACUUGGCUACAGCCAACGAGAUGAGUUAAGCACGUACCUGGGGGAGGGAAGAAAAGUGUGCCAAACAAACCGAAAACAAGCAUUGCUUCCGCAAACGAGUUCUCUUCAAACUCACUUUCCGGUUUGGCAUGAUUCUUUUUCAACUACAGGUUCUUGUUAACAACCAGUGUUUAUCGAAGCCAACUAGAUUUUGGUAAAGAUACUUAUACACAGUCAGUAGUACCUUGGGUACUGCAGGUAAAACUUAAGCAGUGUUUUAAACGCUUUGAAAACCUUUAAAAAGGAAAGAAGUCAAAUGCUUUGUGUAUCUAAUUCUACAUAAGGAUCAGCCCCUGUCUAUUUAACUGUGAAAGCUAAUUUACAGAAUGUGAAUUUUUAUAAAAUCUCAACCUGAUUUGAAGGAGUCAUCUUCUUUACAUGAAAAUUUUCAACCAACUAAAUUCAUUCAUUGAAUCAAUGAUUUGUUUCAUUACUGUCGAUGAAAAAUAUUCACUGCUUUAGGAACAAACGUGGAUUCACGUUCCAGUGUUUCCAUUUCAUCUGCCUGUUCAGAGGAACGGGGCUGCACCCGACGCUCUCGCGGGGGAUCGGUGAGCCUGUGCUGUUACUGCGCCGCUUCCGCGCCACGGCGGCCAAUGCCACGACGUCGGUUUGUGUGUGACAGUUCAGCUGCAGCCUGUGCCUGGGGUUUGGUUUUUUUUUUUUU